GCGGCUCGCUGAUUGCAGGGCGGGCGCUGCCAGUCGGCCGCCGCCGCCUCCCCCGCGCCAGCCGCGUCCCAGCGCCGGAGCCGCACGGCCCAGCAGCGAGCGCCCAGCCCGGCCCGGCCCCGCUGCGGCCCGGCCCCGCCAGCCGCCCCCCAUGGAGGAGCAGCCGCACCACCACCACCACCAUUACUACUACUACAGCCACCACCACCACCACCCGCAGAGCGCCUACCUGCCGCCGCCCGACGGCCGAGCCCAGCCCAAGCCGCCGCUCCGGCACGACCACAAGCACGGCGGCCCGCCGCACCAGGAGGCGCCGAAGCGCCGAGCAGGCUACGGAGAACUAAAUGGUAAUGCAGGGGAAAGAGAAGUAUCAUUAAAGAGCCUGUGCUCUGAUGAAACAACCAACCCAGGAUCCAGGGUACCAAAUGGCAGCCAGCAACUUGCAGACACUAAUGUGACCCCAAAGCAGACUGUUAAGGCCAGUGCUUUGGGGAAAGCCGGAAUCAAAACCAAGAACUUCAUUCAGAAAAAUAGCAUGGACAAAAAGAAUGAGAAGUCCUACGAAAAUAAACUUAGAGAAAGUCAGUCCUCUGACAAGCCAGAGGGAGUAUCUAUUCCAAAUGGUGUGGUAACCAAUAAUUCUAGUUAUAUCACUAAUGGCUACGUAGGCAAAGGGGUAGAUAACGAUGGUAGUGGCUCCGAGAGUGGAUAUACUACGCCCAAAAAGCGGAAAGGCAGGCGCAACAGUGCCAAGGGUUGUGAGAACUUGAAUCUAGUACAGGACAAAAUAAUGCAACAGGAGGUCAAUGCCCCAACCUUAAAACAGGAACUUGAGGGUUUCAAGCCUGAUUAUAGUGAACAAAAGGGGACCCGAAUUGAAAAUACUAAGCCUGUUUGGAAAUACGAGGCUGGGGCUGGUGGAGCAGGCCGGGGAAAGCCUGGGCUUGGGGAUGUACAGCGAAAAAAUUCUGAUGCCAAACCUGGAAUUAGCAGCAAGAAGUUUGAUGACCGGCCCAAAGGAAAGCACGCAUCGUCAGCUACAUCUAAAGAGGACUCAUGGACCUUGUUUAAACCACCCCCAGUUUUUCCAGUGGACAAUAGCAGUGCUAAAAUUGUUCCUAAAAUAAGUUAUGCAAGUAAAGUUAAAGAAAACCUCAACAAAGCAGCUCAAACCCCAUCCACGUCUUCGUCAUCGUCUUCAUCAUCUGCUGGGGAAACUCAGGCCCAAACGUCAAGUCGACUCUCCCAAGUCCCCAUGUCUGCUAUGAAAUCUGUUACUUCUGCUAGCUUUUCAAAUGGGCCAAUUUUAGCAGGGACUGAUGGAAACGUAUAUUCUCCAGGGACCCAGCCACUGCUCACAACUGCUGCUAGUACUGUAACAUCAACCUCUUCUGAGUCAGUACCCCAGGACAUAAGUACAACUUCAACAGCUCUUGAACAAAAGAAAUCUAGCCUUUUUAUCUACCCUUCAAAUAUGCAAACUGUGCUUCUGGGUACAGCACAAGUUGAUUUCCCAUCGCAGACAAAUCAGCAGAACCUGGGAGAUAUCUUCCAGAAUCAGUGGGGCUUGUCAUUCAUAAACGAGCCCAGUGCUGGCCCUGAAACCGUUGUGGGGAAAUCUGCCGAUAAUCAGUUAAUGGAAGUGACAUUUCAAGGGGAAUAUCCUGCCGCUUUGGUUUCACAGUGUGCUGAAAUCAUUCCCUCAGGAACUGAACAACCUGUGUUUCCUAAGGCUUAUGAGCUGGAUAAACGGACUAGCCCUCAAAUUCUUAGUGCUAUUCUUAAGCCCGGGACUGCUAUUGAGGGUGGUGUCUUAGCUUUGGAGUCACAUCACGCAGGUGACCUACAAAAGGCAGACACCGGUAGCCAAGGUGCUUUAGUGUUUCUUUCAAAAGACUAUGAAAUAGAGAAUCCUCUGGCCUCCCCUACGAACAAUUUGUUAGCCUCCGCCAAAGAACAGAGGUACCAGAGAGGCCUAGAAAGGAAAGAUAGCUGGGGUUCUUUUGGCCUGAGGGCUGCUAUUAUAUAUCACACUAAAGAAAUGGAAUCAGUUUGGAAUUUGCAGAAGCAAGAUCCCAAAAGGAUAAUCACUUACGAUGAAGCCAUGGAUCGCCCGGAUCAAUGAAGGUAGCAAGACAAGACUGCCUCUUAUAACCUUUCGGCAGCAUUUGUGCUGUUCAUGGGGGACAAAAGGCUUUUAUGCUCCUUCUAAAUCUUCAGUGCAGCAGAGGAACCAUAACUAGAAUCACAGGAUAAUAUAUACAAAUAUAUAUAUAGUUAUUUAAAAAUGGCGACUGAAAGUAAUUAGACUUCUUAAGGAAUCUGAAAAUUUAUUUCAACGAGACUACACACGUGAUUAUUUAAUCUCCGGUACUGAAUAGAUUUUUUUUUCAGUUUUGUUUUUUUGUUUAAAGAGUGAAUGCAAGUGAUUAACGAAUACAGACUCAAUUUACAAGCCCAGUUCUAAAGUUCCUGCUGUCGUCUACAUGGGCAACAGCGACCCACUGGAGAGGCAUUUCCACUUGACAAGGUUUCUGUUUCUUGUUCUGUGACUGUAGUGAUACACUAAUCAUAGGGAAAUCAGGAUGAUUCACCAUCCUUCAUCUCCCCUUUCCCUUCCACCUCCCCUCUUUGUUUUUUUUUCCUGUUUUGUUUUACGUUGAAUGCUGGAGAAACGCCUUGAAGUUUGCAGAGGUGUUUUUUUGUGUUUGUUUUUUUUCCAGAGAAUUAUAAUCCGCAUGUUUUGCCAGGAGUAAAGCAGCCGAUCAUAUGCUGGGAAAAUUAUCUUAAAGCAUCAUUCUUCUGGGGGAAAGAUUGUAAUACUGCAGUUCUAGGAUGCACGGUGAAGUCACACAGUUGACAUGGCUCCAGUUACACGUUGGACUUUUACAACUGAAGAGCUCUUUCAUUUUAAAAGACAACAUGCAAAAAUAAGCAAUUGGUUUAGGCAUCUAAUAUGGAAAAAAAAGAAAAAAAAAGAAAAAAACACUGUUCCCACUGCUUAAUGCCAUUGUAUUACUGGGAGCAAAAAAAAAAAAAAAAAAAAACUUCCCGCUUUCAACUGUAGGUGUUUCAUAUUUGCUCUGUCUGCUAACACUAAAUAUCCUGGAUUUUUUUUCCCAUUUUCAUUGAAAAACUGAAGAGAAUUUGAGUUCUGCUAACUUUCACCCUUCUUGAAUUAUAUUUUUUUCUCUUAAAAAAUUGAAAAAAAAAAGAAAAAAAAAAAGAAAAAUGGGAAUUUGAAUCCUGUUCGACUUGUCCAUAGAAAACUGAUGGCUGGGGUUUCCCACACGUGCCCAUUGGAAAUGCUCUUUUAUAUUUUCACGCAGUCUGUGUAUUUCUGGGCUCUGCUUCUAAUUAUCUCUUAAUAAAAAUAUAUUUUAUUAUAAGAGCAAAAUGGGGGACUCUAGGAAUGAAAAUAAUAAUUUAAAAAAGUCAGAACAAAAGGAAAGCUUUCCAGCAAUGGUAGAGAAGACUGACAAGAGCGCAGGCUCCGGCUGCGUAACCCAUUCUGUCCCACCGCGGCUUGUGCGUCAAAGUCAUAUUGGUGUUGGAUAGUUUGGUUUGUUUUGCUUUAAAAAAGGUGCAGAGUUCCAGGGGUCCAAUGCAAGACCGAGCAAUGAAUCUUGACUGAAACAAAAAUGGGUUUUCUGGCCUGUUUAAGUACCCAGGGCUCAAAAGCGUCCGUGGGUGUUUGUGGCUGAAUACAGGUUAGCGUGUGUCUGGGCAUCGAGGUCAGCAGCAGCUGGUUCACCCCGAAAUUAGACUGGAUCCAAUGGGGCAUUACAGGAAGCAGAUGAGCCCAAAACUUUUGCCUACCCCUUACGCUUAUGUAUCCACUCUUUUGUUAAUUAGGAGUAUGUAGCAUGCAUUUUUUAAUUGUUUUUAUUCUUUUAGUAAGUUUGUUCCUGAAUGAAGCUCUCGAGUUCAUGGUGGGACAAAGAAACUUAAUUCUGUACCUUUUUAUAAGAUUGCUAGCUUUCUGCAAUGCUUAGUUUUAAAAGUUUCGCUAUGGAUUGCCUACUCCACUUUAUGUAUGAAGUACUAUAUAUAUAUAGUGUGUGUGUGUGUAUAUAUAUAUAUAUAAAAAAUACAUUUAUAUAUGUAUAUAUACAUCUGUAUAUAUAUAGUAAUAAUUUAUUGUAUCAGUCCAGGUUCAGAAAUUUGUGGUUGGCCAGUUGCAAAUAGUUCUGUUUCACCUAUAAACUGUAUCACCUUGACGGGUGUGUGUAACUUUCAAAUGUAUAACAUGUUUACAGAUGUGUCCUACACCUAGUCCUCCUCUGUUCCUAUUUUUACUUCUUUCGAGUCUCCCAACUGCUUGCCAAAAGUUGGAAUUGCCUCCAGCCCCCCCGUGAAAGGGAGCUGAGGCGUUCUUGAGUUUUAAAGUGUUGAACAAACUGGACAACGGGACUGAAAAGCUUAAAGCGGAAGAAGUGGUUUUUUUAUUUUGGAAAAGGAAAAACAAAGUCGAAGGCUAAUAGCAAGGUUUCCAGUUUGUUUUACUGGCUUUAAGGCUCGGCUAUGUAUUUGUUUGCCUUGUGUAGUCACUUGUCGCCUUAAGGGCUGGGUUGCAUUAAAAAAACCACAAAAACGAAACCUGUUUUGCUUACGUGGGAUUGAACUGUCCUGGCGCCCCGGCCCCAGAGCCCGCGUUCGGGGCCGGCGCGGUGCCGAAGCCGAACAGCAAUAACUGCCGCUGAGUCGGACCCUUCGCGUGCAGAAAUGUCUGCAUCUUGCUGAGUUUCUGAGGACGCUCAUCCUGGCCUAGCCCAGUUUAUCCGCUAAAGAGCGAAAGAAAAGAAACGCGGGUCCGGUAAGGGGUUGCUUGGCUUUUCCCACGCUGGUCCCUGUGGCCUCGUCCCACUGGUGCCGAGGCCCAAGCGCUGCCCGCGGCUGCUCUGCUGCGCUUCCCAACCUCCUCCCAGUCCGUCUGCCUCCCCCAGCGCCCCGGUGCAGGAUCGGCCCCCGGCCCUUGGGGAACGCUCGGAGCCCCCCUCGCCCGGGGCCGGGCAGGACGGCAGCGGGCUCCCGGCGUGUCCCCGUGUCACGGCCCCUUCCCUGCAGGCCCCCCCACGUCCUCACACAAUUCUUUACUGAGCACUUAUUAAAAAUAUCUUAAGAUUUAAUCUGUUUUCUGAUUAUUUUUGUGUAAACUUAUAAAAAGAAAAAAAAACUGAAAUUGAGCUGUGACUAAUUUAGCACAUUUAAAUAAUGCUAAAGUGUAACUGAUAAGUCUCCUUUUUCUUUUCCUUUUCGUGUCGUCGGCGUUUUGUUUGACUCGGAGUAUUAGUACUGUAGCAUAAACCAAAUACAGCCCGGGAAGGGGCGCAGCCGCCUCCCCACCGGCUCUGCCCGCGCCCCGGCCCCGGCAGCGCCACGAGAAGCAGCGUGUAUUUAUUUGUGCCAUUGCUUUCAUUACACUGAGCGAGUUUAAAACAAACAGAAAAAAAGCCCUUAACUAUGUGUGCUAUUGGAAAGUGGCACUAAGGGUGAAAUCAUGACCUAUUUUUUUAAUAGCUAUGAAGAUACUGAUUCAGGUUAAGGCUUCUUUCACCUUUCUGUCCCUGUCGUAGGUCCUCGUCCCCUGUGUUCCCUUUGCCGGGUCUGUAUUUAUUUGGGUGGCUCUUCCCGCGUGAGGCAGGGGGGUAUGUGCAUGCGCGGGUGUCCUUGCAUAUCUUUUUUCUUCCUUCUUUUGGAUUACAGCUUAGUCUUUCUCCCGCAGGUGUCUGGCAUGAAAGGUCUUGUGUAAGCGCGGCUCUGGGCACCGGCAGCCCCGGGGACGCCGCGGCUCUCGGGCUCGGGUUUGGCAGUGGUGUUGUUGGAAGCCCACCUCGAUCAUCUGUGAAACCUGCUCGUGGUUUGGGGAAGCUCUUGUCUCUCUGACGAUGCCGAUAGCUUGCGGGUGCGGUUUCUGUCGCUAGCCCUCUUUGAACCCUAAAUCCCGUUGUUUGCCUUUCCCAGCUGCUGCGAGCUGCUUUUAAACGUGGAAAAAGCUAUUUUUAUUAGAUUGGAAAUACGCCAGCUAUUCGAUGCCUGGCAGUAGGGAGCAGGGAGAACUGGCUGUCUAAAUCAAAAGGAAAACUGUUCUUCCUUGAAAAACGAGAGAUGGAAGUUGUCCUCCAGGUUUCGCUUGGCAUUAGUGCUUUUUGCCUUUAGGAAGCACUACCUUAGCACAAGAGCAUCCUUCCCGGACGCGGCCGACGUCGGUGUCAGGGACGUCGUGGAGCGAUGGCGGUGGCAGGCUUCCUGCAGGGCUGCUUGUGUGUGGCUGAUAGCUUUCCCGUGUGUUCAGUUUUUGCUCUGAUUCAGCAUUUUCAGUAAAUUGCUAUGGUGUCCGAUGCUUUCAGGAGUCUUGUCGCUAGAAGAUUUUUUUUCCUACGUAUGUAGUGAUUUGUUUUCCUUGCAGAGGCUGUUUACAAGGGAGAUGAUAGAGGUCAGGAGGGGCAAGAACGAGGCUAAACACGGUUUAAAGCUGCUACAAAACUUCACACAGGUGCAGGAGGCGGCUGGGGCUGGCAGCUCGGAGCCCGGAGGAGUGGCCGGAGCAGGGAGUUAGUCUGGCUUUGGCCAUGGUGCGGGUGAGGUGUGUUGCUGCCUUUGCACGAGAAAAAAUAAAUAAGAGCGCAAACUGUUGAGAACCACAAAUCUGGACUGAUGCAGAGGAGCGCGGGAUCGUUGUCCCCUCUGCCAGACGUGCUGCCUUCCAGAGAUUACCGAGCUUUAGAAAUUUGCACAAUACGCAGUACACCACAGGGUAAGGCUGGCUUCCUCGCGUCCCGCUCGAGAUGCUCACGAGCGGCAGAACCGAGCAGGGUGGCGCCGGGAGCAGCGGGUGUCCGAGGCGAUGCCGGGCUGCUCCGCGGCGGCCCCGGGCUCGGGCUCUACGAGCUCCUCAGAAGCGCGGCUGCGAGGCUUGGUUUGCUCUUAAUCCCGUUACAGGAACAAAAGUCAUACCCGUCCUUUCACCAGGGGAUGCUGAUCUGUGUUUACCUUGACUGUUAACCAGAAAGCUUCAUAUAACGUGUCCAGAGCUCUAAAGCCAUUUUGUAAGAUAGCAGUAUCCCUUUUCUACAGCCUUAUUAAUGAGUAGAGUAUCUUUAACAAGAAAAAAAAAAAUAGUUCAUUUCUUUCUGUGGUAUGAAAAUUUGUGUACUGCGAACAUAUGAACGUGUAGGAAAAAUACAACUUACAGUUUUCUUAUAAAAAAAAAAAAACACAAAAAAACCUGUCUGCUUUCCAUACGGUCUUUCCUCAGGUGCUAAAUAAGGGUUCCAAAAAUGGAUACUGCUUUAGGAGUUUCUGCUUUAUUCUUAAAAUACAUAUUUUUUUGCUUAGGUGUUGUAAAGAUAUUUUAACAAGAAUGUUUUUUUAAUGUAAAUAAGAUUAUGCGUCUUUAAUUUUGUUUUAUCUCCUUUUUGUCUAUAUUAAAUAGUCUAAUUUUCAUUUUAUCCUUUUGAGAAGGACCCUCUUAUGACCUUCCUUGAAGACAUUUCAUUAAGUGUUGCUGCAUUUAAGAAUGAAUCUACAACUGUUCAUGUCUUGGAUUAAUGCUGCUGCUGCUAUAAGUAACCCUGAAAAUCAAGAAUGUGUGAUGCACUUUUUUUUACAUGACCAUAUAGUUCCUCUGAGGAUGGUUGGACCCUCCUGUAACACAGCCACUAGCUCUGCGGGUAGCCUGGGAAGCGAAGCGUGCGGUGUGCGCGGGGUGGGAGAGAGGGGUGUACCUGACUUUGGUGCUGACCUACGAGAAUUUCUAUGCAAACGCAAGCAAAGGAGAGCUCUUAACUUGAAAGAACACUGUGCAUUUUUUUUCUCUCCUUCCUUUUCUCUAGCUGCUAUUGGAAGGGUAGUGCAGAUCCCCGAGGUUCUCAACUUCUCCUUCCUUGAUGACUGGCGCGGGAAAGAUGACUGAGUGCUUGUAAGGUCGAAAGGAUCUCGAUGAACUAUCGUCUUGUCUCCGGUUCUAACAUUCUGUUUUCUAUCCGAGUACAUCUUUGGAAGGAAAUUGCUCAUCCCUGAGGAAAAAAGAAAUAUAUAUAUCCUUUUAAUGCUUUAUUUCAAUGUGAAGUUUAUGGCAGGGAUUAACCAGCAGUAUUAAAAGUGGCAUGACCUUCCUACCCAGCUGUACCUCUGUUCCCAAAGCUAGGAGCAGGCUAACUUGCACGCUGCCCGCGGGGUGCCGGGGGAGCAGUGGGUAUCGGAGGUUCGCUUUCUCCCCAGCAGAACGUCCCGCUGUCGCAGCGAGGCCGGUCCCUCUGCCAGGCCCAGGAUAGCGCAGGGAGUCGCAGAGCCAGGCGAGCGGCGGAGGAGGGUCUCCCUGCACGGUGCUGCCGCGGGCUAGGGCCGACGCAGGACCUCGCGGCUCCGGAGGUCGCACCGAGACCGCCUCCGGUGGUCCCGCUCCCGCGGGAGAGCCUGGCAGCGCGUGGUCACCCGUGGUCGCAGGGGUGAGUUUACAUACCGUGGAGUAAGGGUUUACUGGAGAAAAUAAAGGGAAUUUACUUGAUGUUUUAUUUAUAGAAGAUCCUUUAAAAUAUAUAUAUAUAUAUAUAUCUUUUGUAAAGUGAGGAAAGAGUAAGGGAGGUCUAAAGUUGUGUAGGAAAAAUGCUUUGGGAUUACAGCUGCCUGGAAAAUAGUAUAUAAAUAUAGUCCAGAAUUCUCUGCCUAUUUAAUUAGUUUAUUCAGCAUCAUUUUUUGACCAGCGUUUGCUUGUUAACACACAUGCGUGUGUGUGUGUACAUAUAAAUAAAUGUGCCUUGCAUGUGUGCUUAAACAAAACUUGUAGAAGUAGUUUGUGAGCUGCUGCAGGGCUUUGUAUUAGAUAGCCAGGCUCCUCCCUCGCCGAGCGUCACGACCAUGCCCCAUCUGCAGCCCAGGAUUGAUUAGCGUCUUGGUGACCCAUCAAACCUGCUGUUGAAAUGAGACUCUGGAUAGUGGCUGUCUUACAGUAUGGGGAAAAUGUCCUACGGGACGGCACCUUUCCUUUCUUAACACGACCCAUUUUCUGCGAUUUUUGAGGGGAGUGGGGAUGAGAGAAAGAGAAUCUGCUUUGCUGUUCUCCUGCAGACAAAAAUAAGCAUUGCAAUGCUUUGCCUACGAAACAAGUGAAGGUCUGGAAACGGCUUUACUCUGGAAUUAGUUCUCUGCAGAGGCUGGGAAUUCCAUUAUCCUGGGGAUUUAUUCCCUUCCAGGUUGUGGUUCUUGUUACUGUGGCUUUUCCUUUUUUUUCUUUUUUUUCGCAAAGGAAAAAGAAAAGUAAACAUGCCUUGCUUAAAGUUAACAAAAUAGAAAUGCUUAUGUUUGCAGUCAGUGACUCAGAAUAUGAAACUGUGCAAUUCUUGUUUCUUCAUCUCUCUCUCUCUCUCGCUGUGUCUCUCAGCUCACUUGCCCUAAUGUGUGAUUUCUGUUAGUCUUUCUGUACUUCUGCCACUGUAAAUGUGAAAGCUUGCUUGCAUUAUUUUUUAGAAAUGCAUUUUGCACACUCGGGUUUCGCUGAAGCUCCGUGAAAAGGUUAGUUUGAAGCAGAUGAAUAAAGCUAUGCACAUGUUUUGAAAGUUUAAUUUGUGUCUCAUUACCAGAAGUGACUUAUCUGCCCUCCUUUGCAUUCCCGUGCUGUCAUUGCCUGCAUUAUCUUUACCAUCUCGGAGGGUAUGAUGUAAGGUGACAGUUCUUUGCUGACAGCUGUAGCAGAAAACUGGCGCUUCUUGAUUUUUAGUAGCCUCUCUCUCCUUUGCUUUCUCUGUAUUUCUCUCUGUAUAUCUAUAUAAAUAUAUAUAUUAUUUUUUUAUUUUAAAGAGCUUACUUUACUAAUUGAAUUGGAGGGAGAGGGGUGUGCUGGCUUGUGUUUCAGACACGCUUCAUGCUGCUGGCCGAACGAGCGCCCUUUUCCCCCCGGUUAGGAGCGCGGCCGUGGCGGUGCCCGUCGGCAUCCCCGGGCUGGGGAGGGGGCGCAGGGGGGGUUGAGGGGGGGGAGCGCUGCGCCGCGUGUUCCUGCUCUCCCGUCCCCGCCGAGCGGCUCUGAGCAGGGGGGGACCAGCCGGCGACGUUGGCCUGUUUGCAGGCUGAUGGUGCGGGCUUGAGGCUGCUGACGGCACAACAACCGAAGAGAAACCCGACCAGUUUGUGUGAGCACUGUGAGGCUAGAGGGACAGGCGCUCGCGUUGUCCCUGCGGCGGGUGUAUGUGCGCAGGGUGUCGUUCACGGCCCGCUGGAGCGGAGGGGGGGCUCCCUCUGGUCUCCAGGGCAAGGGCUUUAUUUUGGUUUUGUUUUCAUGAGUUAUGUGCAUUGGUUUGCAAAUACCAGCUUUGAAAACUUGUUGCUUAGCCCAGAGCCUUUGUGCAGAAGAGUCUGGAUUUUGCGAUGGGAGAAGUACCCCUGGCAGCUUUCUCCUUGUGUUCCCUUUGCCAUGGCAGAGAUUUGUACUAACUUUACAGCUUUUUUUCAUACAGAACAGGGCUGCUUUUCUAUCUACCAUCACACGUGUACUUACACACCUUCAGUGGCUCGGAUGCCUCUGGAGGUCCUCAACUUGUUUACUUGGGGAGCAGGUGCCCCUCUCUUGCCCUCCCCUGACUAUUGCAGUGUUAACAGCGGUUGGGAGCACAGCCGCGCGCGUAGACUCAAAGCUGGGCUCGGGGGGUCUCUCGAGGAAGACCCGCAGGAGCGGGGCGAAGGCCGGCCCUCGCGGGGGUCGCAGCCUCCCCUCCUGCCUCCGUCAAAAGUUCUCAUUUCCGUUCAGUUUCCUGGUGUGUCGAAAUCACAGCAAGGGGUUGUGCUCUACCUGCUCAGGAGCUGAAUUACCUCUUCCUUUCCGAGAGGGGCAGCCCCUCUUUGUCGUCGGUGUCGUAGUGCGCUACCACACAAAAACGGUCAAGGUAGCUUGCGGUUUUCUCCUCCCCUGCCCGAUAUUUCUGAAUAGGUUAAUACACUCUGUGUACCCGGCUGAAAACGUAGGCGUUUUUCUGAUUGCGAGAGGGUGGCUAGAAGAGCUAGUGUAAUACCUGCUGUCGCUGUGUCUAGUGCAGGCCGUUGCACUGGGGAUGGAUGAUGAUGAUGAUGUCGCAGAUUGUAAGGAUAGGUAAUGUCCAUGAGCUGUAAUGGCAUGAUGUAUCUUUACUGAUGAUGUCAUACUUCACACUAAAUGUUUAAAAAUUUACCUGAAUUUCGUUUAUUCUGCACCAACAGGUCUUCAAAAUUUAUCCAAAUUUUAUUAUUUUAUCAGGAAAAAAAAAUUUGUGUAGAUCGAAUACGUUAAGACAGACAAUAAGUGAUGUAAAUUGUUGAAUAAAGAUUUUAAAGUUU